GAUAAUUCAAAGGUUAUCAGAGUAAAAAUUAUCUGAGGCAUUAGUGUUGUACAUUGUUGAUACAGAAAACGUUAUGUCUAAUAAGUAAAAACCGUUAGAAUUUAAUACAUAGUGAAACUAUUGCUUCAAAGAUGAAGAAUUUGAGGUUAUUGUUCAACAAACAUAUCAUGAAAAGUCUACGGGAAAGUGAAAGAGAGAUAACUAUUAGCGCUCCAUGGGGCAAGAUCGCUGGUAUCACAUGGGGUAACCCGGAUAAUCCACCGGUAUUGCUGUGCCCCGGACGCAUCGAUCCCUGUUGUCUGUUCCGCUAUUUGGUGAUGAGAUUGCCCAGCAACUUUUUUUAUGUUGCUGUAGAUUUGCCGGGCAACGGUCUCUCGGAUCAUUUGCCGGUGGGCAUCAGGUUCUCUGUGUGGGACUUGGUGCCGACUGUAUCCAGAGUCGCUGAUCAUUACCAAUGGAACAAAUUUAUUUACAUAGGACAUUCCCUAGGAACAGCCGUAGGUAAGCACUAUCUGAUGGCUUACCCAGAGCGGCUCACUCGAGUUGUAGAAUUGGACCCCGUGCCAGCGUAUCACACGGUAUUCCCCGAGGAAAUGAAGGAUUGGUACCACGAAGUCUACGGCAAACAUUAUGAGGAGCGACAGUAUAGGAAACACGCGGGAUCCAAGGCUACGGCACCCAGAUAUACUUACGACCAGAUAAAGACUUUAUUAAUGAAAGCCCAAGACUUCUCUGAAGCCGUAGUUGAAGAAAUUAUAACGCGACACGUGGUACCGGCGGGAGAUAACUUGUACAGGUUCACAUACGACCAGCGAAUGAAAAGUCUCUUCAAGCUGCCUUAUCUGCCGGAACAGCUUAAGGCUAUGUACACAUCGCACAGGACGCCGCUGUUAACAAUAUUCUCGUCAUCUAGUGUAGACAAGGGCGAUUUCUCCAGAGUGCCUUUUGUCUUCGACGAAGAGCAAUGGCCACAUCGAAAUUAUAAAUAUAUGAUAGUUGAAGGCAGUCACGAGGCGUACGCGCAACAACCGCAGUGCAUGUCAGAUGAUAUAAGCAAGUUUUUAUUAAACGACCUCAAAUCUAAACUAUAGGUUGUCUGUAUAAUCUCGACCUUCGACCGUAAUUAAAAAAAAAAAAGUUGACAGCCAUAAAGUUGAUUUAAAAAUGAAA